GGCGCUCGGCCGCCGCCCCGAGCUCGCCUCGAAUCGCACCGCACGCGAUGGCAUCGCGGCUGUUCGGCAAAGCUACCCCGAAGGCUCCUGCGCCGACCACCGCCGAUAUUUCACAAAAGCUUGGCGCGAGCGCGGAGGGGAUCGAUGGAAAGAUUCAGAAACUCGAGACGGAGCUCGCGCGCUACACUUCGCAGAUGAAGAACAUGAAGGACGGACCCGCCAAGAAGCAGGUGCAGAAGCGCGCCAUGCAAAUCCUCAAGCAAAAGAAGAUGUACGAGGCGCAGAGGGACAGGACGCAACAGCAGCAGUUCAACAUGGACCAGAUCGGGUUCACGAAGGAUACGCUCGUGGACACGAAGGACACGGUCAACGCGAUGAAGGCCGGCUUGAAGGACAUGAAGAAGGAGUUCAAAAAGAUGGACCUCGGUAAGAUCGAAGACCUGCAGGACGACAUGGCGGACAUGAUGGAGCAGGCCGAGGAGAUACAAUCGACUCUCGGCCGCAGCUACGCACAGGACGACGUGGACGACGCCGACCUCGAGGCGGAGCUGGCGGCGAUGGAGGACGACCCGUCGCUCUUCUUCCAGGCGGAGGAGAGCGGCGAGGCGGACUACCUCUCGCUGCCGAGCACAGGCACCGGCGAGGCAUCCGCCACGACUGCCACGAAGGAAGAGGCUCUUCCGUCCGCCCAGCCCGCUUGAGCCUCUCGAUCGCCGACUGACAUAAACACUCUCGCUUGCUCUCCGACUCACUCUUCUCCUCUCCUCUCUCUCGCGUGCGCGCUCUCCCGCUCGACUCCUCCUCCCCGUCCCCGUGCGCCGUUCCCCCCUUCCCCCCGCCCGCCCCCGCCCGCCCGCCCGCCCCUGCGGGACGCGUGUGUGUGCCUCAACUGGGCCAAGAGGCAACUACAACUGUACUCUACCCCGAACUUUUUUU